AUGGAUAUAGAAAAAUGCAAGUGCUUCUACGAAAUAUUAAACGUUGAAAGCACAGCCACGGUGGAGGAAAUCAAAAAGAGUUACAAAAAAAUUAUUCUUCAGUAUCACCCAGAUAAGAAUUCCCAUUUGUCAGAGGAGGAACAGAGAAGGUGCACAAAUAUAUUUCGACAAGUUCAGGAGGCAUAUGAAUGCUUGGUGGAUGAAAGGAGAAGGAAAUGGUAUGACAAAAAUCGUCUGCGAAUCAUUGCAGGAAAGGAAAAUGAGGAAAAGAGGGAUCAAAACAGACAAGCAAGAAGGCGAAGUGGAAGCGCCGGAAGUAGCGAAAGCGGAGGAGGACCUACUUCAGGUAUAAACAUUUGGGAAUAUUUCAGCAGUAGCUGUUAUGAAGGAUUUAAUGAUAAAGACGAAAGAAGUUUUUAUAAUGUGUACAGAAAAUUAUUUGAAGAAAUAAUAGAAGAAGAAAAUGAGGAGCUAAAUAUGCGUCGCCGAUACGGAAAAAAGAGACACGAGGAGGAUGAGGAGAAUAAGAGGAAUAAUGUUCAUGCGCCUUCAUUUGGGAAUUCCAAAUCGAAUGGAAAGGAAAUUGAUGAAUUUUAUUCAUAUUGGUCUAACUUUUCCACAGUUAAAAAAUUUGACUACUCAUAUGAAUAUAUGAAAAUGUAUGAACAGGAAAAUAGACAUGUGAGACGAAAUUUGAAAAAAGCCGCCGAAAAAAGAAGCUUAAAGGAGAGGAAGGAGUUUAACGAAAAUGUCAGGUCCCUGGUGGAACACCUGAAGAAGCAUGAUACGAGGUACCUUAACAGGGUUCUGGAAUUGGCCGAGGAGAAGAGGAAAAAGGCGGAAGAGAAGGAAAGGCAACGUAGGGAACAAAUGCUCCAGAGGAAAUAUCUGUUUGAGGAAAUUAAGGAGAAACGGGAGGAUCCUGAGGGACAAGCACAAGGGGAUAAGUUGCCAUCAGAGGAGGAACAACCAUGUGACUAUUCCUCGUGCAGCGAACAGGGUGACCGCAUGAAAGGGAACCGUGAAGGGGAGGAGCAGCGUUCUGGUGGUAAGGGACAAGGGAACUACAACUCCCACUGUGAGGAUGCUGGUGGUGAAGAUGGUGAAAGUGGUGGAGAGGACAAAAAUAGUGAGAACCCGUACAGCGAAGUCAUCUACAGGUGCGAAGUGUGUAGGAAGAAUUUCAAAAGCAUGAAGCAGUACAAUUCGCAUGAGAAAUCCAAGAAGCAUGUGAGCAACUUUUUGAAGCACGCCAAGAGGUAUGCCGCUGGGGGUAUUUUCGACGCCGAGCCACAGGGUAAGUGGUUGGAUGGGCAAGUGGAUGAACAGAUGGAUGAACAAAUGGAUGAACAGAUGGAUGAACAAAUGGAUGAACAGAUGGAUGAACAGAUGGAUGAACAAAUGGAUGAACAGAUGGAUGAACAGAUGGAUGAACAGAUGGAUGAACAGAUGGAUGAACAGAUGGACGAACCAAGUUUCCAGCAAAGUGACAACUCGGAUGGGCAACGAGAGAAGCGCUCCGCAAAGUCGAAAACGAAAAAAAAGAAAAACAAAAAGAGCAGAGCACAGAUGAAUAAUUUUUCCGAGUCGGUUAAUUCCGCCUCGGAGUCUUCACACCAGGAUGAAGAUGUCUUAUCAUGGUACAAAGGGAAGAAGCAACACCGAAACAAAUUUCCCUAUACAGAGGAAGAAGAGGGCAUAUCCGAUGCAGCAGAAAGUUUGCAGCGGGAGGAGUCUCCUCAGGAGGAUGAUUCCGCAAAGCAGGUUAAGGCCUCACCCGCGCAGGCCGAAAACACAAUGAACUCGAGUGACGACUAUACAUCCUCCAAGCGAAAAAAAAAAUUGCUAAAAAAAAAAAAAAAAAAGGAAGGCACUAAUAGGAAAGAAAACGACGAAAAAAAAUUGGAUGAGCCCAAGGAAGACAAUAAAGACAUAAGCGGAAAAGGAAACUCGAAAAGUAAAAUAAAAGAAAGUACAAAAAAUCUGGUGUGUAAAAUGUGCAAGGAAACAUUUGACUCGCGAAAUAAAUUAUUUGCACACAUACAGAAAGAAGGACACGCAGCAAAUAAAGUUGUUGUUGACGUGUCUGCAAAGGUGAAUAAAAAUAAAAAGGGCAGCAGCAAGAGGGAGAAAUUGCCAUAA